AUGAAAAGAUAAUUAGUAAGUUUUGUGGCUCGUUUUGUAAAACAACAUCCUUAUUUACAAGUUAAGACAUCUUUUUGCUAACAUGAACACGUAAGUUGUAUUUAAAGAGUUAGGGUUGCUUGUAUAAUGUUUUAGAGGGAUUAGUGAGAUCUUUUGGUAUAGCAUAUACUAUGAAGGCCCUUUUUGGUUUGAUUUCUGCUUUGUUAUCUAAAAAUAAGAAAAUUAGCAAAGGAAAUUUAAUUUUAGAAGCAUUUUUUGGAAUAGAUACAUUGAAAUUUGCAUCAUUUCCAACUGUUUAUUCAUUAAUACAAAAAACUAUAAUUUGUGGAUGUAGACAUAUAACACAGCAAGAUCUUAAAAUUAUGUCUUUUGUGUCAGGAUUUAGUGCUGGAUUUGUGAGCUUAAGUUUAAUCGAAGAAAGUAAGAGAAAGAAUUGGGCUUUGUAUUUGCUGACAAGAUCAAUGGAUACUAUGUUUAAUUCAUUAAUAAAUAAAAACAUAGUUGCAAAACGAAGCUAUUAUUACAUUAUAUUUAUGGGUAUUUUGAGAUAUAAGAUAAAUAGCAAUUGAGGUGUUGGUGACAGCUUAUGCAUUUGGUUGCGAAAAUGAUUGUUUAGAAGAUUAUAUGUUGAAAUUUUAUGCUAGAUUUGGUAAUGAAAAUCAAUGUGAAUUGGAUGAAAGGAAAUGUUGGCAUGAAAGAGUUAGAAGACAGUUCGAAAAUAAAUAAUGAUAUAAUA